GUCGGAUAGUGGCCGCCGCCCUACGCAAGCCUCAGAUUAUCUCUGUCUGACUGUCUACGACAAGCAUAAUCGACAACCUGAGGCUUAAAUAGAUCGUGCUCUGCGGUUACGUCAAGUCUUCAUCGCUAUUGCCUCAAUAUGGGAUGCGUUGUGAGGACGACCACUCAAAGGCGAAGUCCUAUAACGGCGCCCUUAGAACUCGUAGGAAAGGCAAGGUAUUUUGUUAUAGAGAGAUUCAGGAAGAGGAAGAAGAGUCCGAACUUGACAAAGUUCCAAGUCUCUAGCGCUAUCCCGGUUUCCGGUGAACACGUUGACGAACUCUCAGCUGGUUUAUCAAGUCAGGUCGAUGAUCAUACAGAUGUGUUGCGCCUCAUUGCUGAGGAUAUUCAAGGCGAGGGUCACUGUCAGGAGCUCGUUGCGCUACGAGGCCUCAGUGCGCAACGUGCUCUAGAGCUAAUGCAAGAGCUUCUCGACGACGGCCCUGUGUGGAGGUCCUUUUCUGUCGGGUCGUCUCUGGAGAAUCGACGACGUAUCUAUGAUAGCAUGCUGUACCUCUCCAGAUGUUCCCAACAAAUGCCGUCAUCAAUCUUUGUUACAGUGCAGCGUAUACCGGCGGAUAUGCCCAAGUGCGGCGGAUUGAAUUCAGACAUCUAUCUUGGUGUAUAUUCCGGGAAAACGGUAGCAGUCAGACGAAUACGAAGUCACCAGUGGCAGACAGAUAGCGCGGGAUGGGAAGCUACGAAAGCCCGUCUUUUCUACGAGUGUCUGAAGUGGCGACAGCUUCGACAUCCGAACGUACUUCCUUUGUUCGGAAUAGAUACAUCAUUUCCAAAUACACCGGCGCUGAUCCAACCUUGGCUAGAAAACGGCAACAUCAGACAGUACAUGUCACGUCUUGAGAGAAAACCAGAAGUGUCGGUGCUGAUUCAAUGGCUUAUUGACAUUGCACGAGGGAUGGCGUACCUUCAUGAAUUGAACAUACCACAUGGGGAUUUACGCGGGAGCAAUGUACUAAUAUCUGAUGACAAGGUUGCUCAAGUUGCAGAUGUUGUUUUGUUUCCCUUCCGGGAGGAAUGGACAAUAGGUAUCAAACCACAGGAUGGAACCAAGCGAUGGAUGGCUCCAGAGUUUUCAGAUUCAAUGCCACCAAGUUAUUCUGCUGAUAUAUAUGCCUUUGGCUCUGUCUCUGUUGAGGAGAAGUGCCAUUUCCUGAGUCAAUGGAUCUGUAUGCAGGAAUGAAAAUUCAAUAUGGCCAGAUUCCUGCCAAACCUAAUGCAAUGCCUGAUGGUCUUUGGUUGUUAACCAUUGCUUGUUGGCAUUUGGAUCCAAGUCAGCGGCCUCCAAUGCAGCAGAUUGUAGAGAUGCUAUCAAGUAAUCUCACAGGUGAUUUUCCAAGAGCAGAUGUUGUUGCUUUAGCAGGAGCUUCAAUGAAGAGCAGAGAAAAGUUUCAUGGAAUUGUAUGUAACUUUCCUAUUGUUUCCAAUGAUCAGUAAUGUGUAGAUUUGAUGUGAAGGUGAUAUCAACUAAUUUGUAUUCUGACAACAACAAUAGAAUAUAUGUAUUACAGGGCAUCACAGAGAGAAAAUAUUGCCAUAAAACAUCUCCAGAAAAGUAAUGCAGCUAGAAUUGGAACUAUUAGAUCCUGGUAUAGCAUUGUACCAUGCUUUCUUUUCAGUGGUGGUGUUGUUCCAGGCAAGAAUUUCCACCUGCCAAUCCCUUUGAGAAGCAGCAAGAAUGCACUGUGCAAAUUUCCAGUCAUCCAUCCAACCCUCUCCACCUCCAGUGAACAGAACUAGAAUGCCAUAUGGUGAGACAUCUAUUAUGUCAUUCUGUAUUUUGGCAACACAAACAUCAGUUCUCAUAGCAUUUUUGUGAGAGCUAGUCAUUAGACUAUAGCCCAGAGAUUGAAGUGCAAAUGCAGAGGGAGAAGUGCUUUUCUCUAGUGCAGUAAACAAGGUGCGACUUGUUACUGUUCGAUUUCUUUCUAAAAUGAAUUGAAAAACAGGAU